AUGUUUACAUUUUCAUUUUGACGGAAAUCCGGGAAAUCCUUGCAAAGGGUUUUCGUUUUCAUUGGUUUCCAUCGCCAUAGGUGGGUGGGAACAAAUAGAAAGAUUAAUUUGAUGCAAGAUUUGAUUGUUAGGGAACAUUAACGUUUCAUAUCACAAGUGGAAACAGUGUUUUUCUACAAAAUAUGGGUUAUUGUCGCUUGUGCCAAAACCCUUGCGGUUCCAAUUCACUUUUUAAGAAUCGAUUCUUCCGAGAGAAAUUUCAGGAUAUCAUCUGUAUGUGGGUUGAUCCAAAACAGGAUUUCAAUUUGACUGAUGUGUGUAAAAAAUGCGAAAACGAGGUCGUGGAGUUCUAUCUUUACAAACAUCAAUGUCGAGAUAUAAUUCGUGGAGUAAAAAAUCCAACUCCAUUAGUUGAGGAUCACGAAAAUUUCCCACUCCUCGAAGAAGAAAGUUCUGUUUCAGAUCCUCGGAGGGAGUCUGUGCCUGCCAAUAGGGAAACAGAAGUUUCUAUUGUAGAAUCUUCCUCUGAGUUGAAGACUGCAACUCGACCCAAGGAGAAUGAAAAAUUGAGUAAAAAUUCGGUUGAUGAGCAAUCAUUACAAUCUUUGCUGGACAACUGCGGCGAAACAGUGGAACUCUCGAUUGAGGUUUUGGGAGCGUUGAACUCGGAUGAAAAUGUAAUACCAGCUCCAGUCAUACCAACCAAUCCGGAAAAGGUUGCCCCGUUCAAAAGAAAAUUUAUUCCAGUUGAGAAAAAGCGUAGAACGUAUACGUUCAAAACUGCGGAGGAACGUUUGGCAGAAAAAAUGAGACCGAAACGAAAAAUUCAACGCAAAACGGAAGCUGAAAAGGCAAUGGAUCCAGCGGAGUACAAAAAAUAUUACUUCAAAAAGACUAUGGAGCGGUACCGGAAGACGUGCGAAAUUUGCGGAAAACGAAUGCAACAGGAUCGAUGGGAAGGCCACAUGAAUGGCCACAAGGGUUUGACACCGUUCAAAUGCGAACAUUGUGAGCUGCAGUUCAACUGCAGGCUCAAUUUGAGGUCGCACAUUCAGCGAAUGCACGUGACAGGUAAUGAAGUAAACUGCCCCCAGUGCGGAAAGGAGUUCUCCCAGAAGAGAAAGCUCGAGCAGCACAUUUUUUCGGUGCACGCCGAAAAAAAGUAUCAAUGCAGUUUGUGCGGGCUGAAGAUUCUUAAUAGGAAUUCUUUACAACGGCACAUGAACAUCCACACCCAAACGCGGGACUUCAUUUGUCCACAUUGUGGAAAAGCGUUCUACUGCAAGAGCGUGCUGACCAUCCAUCUGCGGACACAUUCCGGUGAAACGCCGUACAUUUGCAAUGUGUGUCCGAAGGGAUUCAUCCACCGUAGGAUCUACGUGAUGCACAUGCAAAAAUUCCAUCCGGGGGAACCGUUGAUGCAGUUGAGUGGAUCCAAAUCGAUGAAAGAGACUUUGAUGAAGAAGUAUUGAACGAAAUAUGAUGGAAAUGCAUCUUUUUUGAAAUAUUA